AUGAUUAAUUCCGUACAAUUAAAAAGAAACAUUCUAUACACUGCUAUUGUGGUCGUAGUCAUCAUCACAUGGAGCCAACUAGAGUCGAUUAAAAAUUUUGCCAACGACAAGCAUCCGCAUCCUACACUCAGCAUUGUAUUUUCACAAAAAGAAAUAGAUCCUCCAACAUGGCGGAUCCAAACACUAGAAAACGAGCCUGUUUUAAAACAGCCUUCCAUCUUUCCAGCGACAGUCUUUUCCAAACAAAACCUUCGACAGUAUCCGCCAGCGACAGCCAUUAUCAAUCGUGUGGAUAAUAGUGAUGAUGGCAUUUUACACGCCAUUGAACACCUUUUCAAAUACCCGUUCAUCAAGGAGAUAUUAGUAUAUAACCAAAUCAAGUCAAAACCAUUAAAAGCAGAGCUAUUAUAUCCCAACAAAACCCUUUCAACUGCUCUCAACGAUCGAGUGCAUAUACAAGUCAUUGAGACGGACGCCUCCAUACACAGCAUGGGAAAGUUCACUGCAUGUGCAGUUGCGACAUAUGGAAAAUGUUAUUUUCAAGAUGAUUUAUGGUUGAAUCCCUACUUGGAUAGCUUGUAUACCCAUUCAUUUCGCUAUCCGGAUCAUUUGAUCGCCAAUACCAGACCUGUCAAUUAUGUGGAUUACAUGCGAUGGCGAUUCACCAACAGAGACAUGUCGCUCCAUACAGGCUACACAGAUCUGCGAUACGGCGCAUUUGUUUCCCAGCAAAAAGUACAGAAAUUUCUAAGCCAAUUGAGUGCACAAGGCUUGAGCACAUCAAAAUUAAGACGAGCCGAACUUUACUUUUCGAUUUGGUUAAAUCAAUACCCAUAUCUUGUAUCCAAUCCCUUGUUAUCUUCUGGUAGAGAUGGAUUCAGGGACAUUGGUAGUGUCAAUAACAGACCUCUGGUUGAAUAUUACAUGUAUGAUGCUGUCUCUCUUUUGGAAAACACAUUGGCCAACUCGAGCUGGAUGGAGGAACAGGAUGACUAUUUUGAGAAGGGAGAGUUGGGACCACCAGUGGAAGAGAGAGAUGUCAGAUCAAGCUGUGCCAAUGACAGAUGCUUGUUUAUUACCAAUAUCCAUAGCAUGCCUAUUCCAGGUACAGAAAACGACAUUGUAUUCCAUUCAGGGUCCAUUGCCAAUAUCAGUCAAUUCGAAUCCAUGUACAAUCAAACACACCUCGGCUUCAAGAUACCCAACAAAUCCAACUUUGCCUAUCGAUCGUAUCACAAGGCUGUAGAUCAGGACACGGAGACUUGCUGGCAUACACAACGAGCCCCCUUGGCCGGUGAUUACUUUGGUCUAUACAUGGUAGGCGACAUCCAAGCCAAGCGAAUCAUCCUGUAUACACCAACCAAGUUUGAUCUACCGUUGGAUCAAGUAUUCCAGGUGACGGUGCAAUUUGUACCUUUUGGUUCAUGGGAAGAAUGCGACAUCCAAUUGACACCUUUGAACCAGCUGGAUUAUCGCAUUGGCUUUGACAUCGCAUGCCCAAGAAAAGGCUCUUUCAAGUCUAUCCGAAUCAUAUUCAAGCAGGAUAUGCAGAAAGCAUUUGAGCUGUGUAGUUUUGGGCUCGAUAAUUUCGUUGUUUAA